AUGCUCCAUUCCCAAGGGCCGUGGGCAGGGGCGCUGGGUAGGCCUUGCAGCUUCCCGGCCACCCCCCAUCCGGUGUUCCUCUUCCAGGCCCCAUCAGCACAGCCCCAACACAUGUGCUGUCCGUCAGAGCUGGGCCGCAGGGAUUUGAGUGCCGUCCAGAGCAGAGGCGCUUUGCCUUUGCGUGAGCGGGAAGGAGGGGACAGAGGCUGCCCGGCUCAGAGAUCUGCCCCAGGCACCAGACACAGCGAGCCAGCCGGCAUGGGCACCCCCACCUCACUUGCUGCUCUUUUCCUGGCAAUGCUCUGGGCACAGCUGCCAGAUUCCAUCGGGCUCCACACCCUGGUGGGGCUCUGGCUGGGCUUGGGGGUCUCGUUGAGCCGGAGGAGACAAUGGAAUGCGCUGCUCAUGGUGUUGUGCGAUCCUGCACUCUGUGCAAACCAAGGCCGAGGCCUCUGCUCCCGGUGCCCCCGCAAAGCAGGAGCCCAGCUGGUCAUCUGCCAAUUGGCACACCGCUGUGCUUCCCUGUCUCCUUCUUGUGCUCUCGGGCAAGAGAGCAGGGACAUCGGCUGCUCUGCGGAGGUGUUUCCUGCCGCUCCAGUUCUGUACCUAAGGCAGCAGAAGGCUGGAACGGGAAGGGUUAAGCGGGCUUGGGUGAUCCCGCCCAUCAGCGUGUCCGAGAACCACAAGCGGAUCCCUCACCUUUUGGUGCAGAUUAAAUCUGACAAGCAGCAGCCUGGGGGGGUCGUCUACAGUAUCAAGGGGCCAGGUGUGGAUGAGGAGCCGCGGGGAGUUUUCUCCAUCGAUAAGCUCAGCGGGAAAGUCUACCUGAAUACUAUGCUGGACCGGGAAAAGAACGACCACUUUCGGCUCCAGGCCUUCGCGCUGGACCUGGGCGGGGGGCCCCUGGAAGACCCCACCGACUUGGAGAUCGUGGUCAUGGACCAGAACGACAACCGGCCGCUCUUCCGGCAGGACGUGUUCUCGGCACGCGUGGUGGAAGGAGCUGCCCCAGGUACCUUCGUGAUGAAGGCAGAAGCGACGGAUGCCGACGACCCUGAGACAGACAACGCGGUGCUGCGAUACUCCAUCCAGGAGCCUGCCCUGAAAGGCCUCUUCGAAAUGGACGAGCUCUCCGGGGAGAUUCGCACAGCUCAAGUCAGGCUUGACCGGGAGGUGGUUGGCGUUUACAACCUGACCCUGCAAGUGGCCGACAUGUCCGGGGAGGGGCUCACCACCACAGCCAGUGCCGUGAUCUACGUCGAGGAUAUCAAUGACAACCCCCCAGAGUUCUCCACGAAGGAGUUCUUCAUGGAGGCCCCGGAGAACAAAGAGGGCGUGGUCAUUGGGCAGCUGACGGUCCGAGACAAGGACCUUCCCGGCUCUCCCAACUGGCUGGCCAAGUUCACCAUCCUGGAAGGGGACCCCGAGGGAGCUUUCACCAUCCAGACGGACCCCUUCACCAAUGAUGGCAUUGUCUCCCUCGUGAAGGCCCUGGACCACGAGCAACAGGAUCAUUUCGAGUUGCUCGUCUCCGUCCAGAACCAAAGUCCCCUGGAGCUCUCGGCCCCCACGGCUGCCCGGGCACUGGCUACCGUGCGGGUGCAGGUCCUGGAUGCCAAUGAAGCCCCCUUCUUCCGGGAGAAUCCCUGGAGGGGGCGGGUGGAUGAAGGUGCGCCCCCGGGCAUGGAGAUCACCAUGUACCGUGCAAGUGACCCCGACACUCACCAAGCUCAAGAACUCAGGUACUCCCAGGCCUUCAGCCUGGACAGCUGGCUUCAAAUCGAUCCUGAGUCUGGCCUAGUGCGCACACGCGACACGGUGCCCACACGGGCGAAGUUCCCGGAGGGGUGGUACACUGCACAGAUCCUGGCCUGUGACAAUGGAAACCCACCCCUCACAGCCACGGGGACCCUCUCCAUUGAAGUGGUGGAAGUCAACGACCACGCUCCCCUCCUGCUUCCGAGGUCAGGGGAGCUCUGCCAGCAGGGGGGCAGCCUGGUGCUGAGCGCCACCGACCAGGAUCUGGCUCCUCACGCCGAACCCUUCCACUUCCGUUUCGGCACCAGCGGAACCCCUCUGGCCCACAACUGGAGCCUCAGCCGCACCAACGCAACUCACGUGCUGCUGCAGCCCCAGGGAGAAGUGGCCGAGGGGCUCCACGUCCUGCCCCUCCUCAUCAGUGACUCGGGGCGUCCCCCACGGGAGCAAGAGCAGCUGCUGAACGUGUCCGUGUGCGUCUGCAGCCAGGAGGGCGCGUGCCAGGCCCGUGCCGCUGCCGUGGUGGGUACCCUGGCCGGCCUCAGCUUCGGAGCCCUGAUGAUCAUCCUGAGCAGCGUCGCCCUACUCCUGCUGCUGGCACUGCUGGUGGCUGGCUGGGAGCACGCUCGCCGCCAGGCCUUCCGCAAGAGCUUGCUGGGGGCCUCACUGGAUGACCUACGGGACAACGUCCUCAACUACGACGAACAGGGAGGAGGAGAGGAGGACCAGGAUGCCUACGACAUCAACCAGCUGCGCAACCCCGACCUGCUGUUCCCCCCUCCCUCCCCCCGCAUCAAGCCCCCCCUCCGGAAGGACCAUCCCUACGGUUACGGCUUGCCUCAGUACCCACGCCGAGUGCCCGCCUGCCCUUCGGACAUAGAAGACUUCAUCAAUGAGGGUCUGGAAGCCGCAGACGCCGACCCUGCCGUGCCCCCCUACGACACCGCUCUCAUCUAUGACUACGAGGGGGACGGCUCAGCCGGAGGGUCCCUCAGCUCCAUCCUCUCCAGCUUGGCGGAUGAAGAUCAGGAUUACGACUACCUCAACGAGUGGGGGCCACGCUUCCGGCGCCUGGCAGAACUGUACGGCCAAUAAGGA